AUGCCUGCGGCGGAGCCGCUCCUAGCCGCUUUUGUUGCGCAGUGGAGCGGGCGCGUGGCCCGCUCAACAGUGGACACCUGGGUGGUGGGCCUCUCUUUCUGGCAUGCACUGCAUGGCGCCCCAUGGCAAGGUGCAAAAAUGCUCCGGGUAACUUGUUCAGCUAUUUCCAAGUCUGCCCCAGCCUCGAAAGAGAAGCGGGCGCCCGUCACGGUCGAGCACCUGUACGCAUUACGUGCCAACCUUGACCUCUCCGACUCGUUCGAUGCCGCGGUAUAUGUGGUAGCAUGUGUCGCGUUUUGGUGCUGUCGUCGGCUUGGCGAGCUGGUCAUUCCUUCUGUGGGCGCGUUCGACCCUGUGAAGCACGUCGCGCGCUCAGCUUCCGUUGCAUAUCGCACGCUACCGGGAGGCACGCAGUACGCUGUCUUCCAUGUGCCCUGGACCAAAACGACUAAGCAACUCGGCGCCGACAUCAUUGCCACCGAAUUCGGCGACCCAAGCUCUGCCGUCGUUGCCCUGCGCCACCAUCUGCAGGCGAAUGCCCGUGUCCCCGCGCAUGCUCCCUUCUUCGCGUUCGAAACGAGCGACACGGCGGGUUGGGUGCCGAUGACCCGCGACUGGUUCCUCAAUCGCGCCAAUGCGGCCUGGGCAGCAGCCGGCUUUGAGCACCUCACAGGACACUGCUUUCGCAUCGGAGGAGCGACCGAGCUUCUGCUUCGCGGUACCCAUCCGGAUGUGGUCGCGACGCAGGGUAGCUGGAAAUCACGCGCUUUUCUCGAGUAUUGGCGAAAAAUUGAGUCUAUUUUACCUCUCUUCAUCUCGCGGUCGUUUACUUCUUCUCGUUUGCAACUGGCUUCCACUGCUAUGGACUCUUUCAAGAAGAAGUACUCUCUGUAG